UAUUCUUUGUAAUCCUUUGGUAUUAGAAACCCUCUCUUCAAUGAAAGGAGAAGGCAGACACAAAACACAAGUCCUCAGACUGAACACCGCCACCCCCUGCUGCUUGCUUAAAACAAACCAUUUCAUUCAAACACUUAUCCUCAACAUCAUCAAUCAACCACCAUUAUUAUUUUAAUACACCACCUUUAUUUUUAAUUUAUUAUUAUUUUCCUUAUAAGGUCGCAUUUUCUUCAACGUUACUUCUAGGUUACUGCAUCAACCUCUCACAUCUCCAAUAUUAAUUUAUUCUCAGUUUCGCAUUCUAUCAAACACCCUCCGUGCACUCAACUCUCUCUGCUUUCUCCCCCAAUCCAUGGCGUCACCAACACCAACAGCUCUUUACCAAAUCCAUUCCCUUUUUCUCUAUAAAACCAAUCACCCUCAACUCUCUCUUUCACAAACUCAAUCAUUUCGUUCCAAUUUUUUCUUUCAAAGGAAGUUAUCAUUCGAGCUGCCCAGGAUGCCAAGGAAAGAAACCGUUAUUGUCUCGGCGACCACGUCGGAAAAGAAGCGUCAUCCCGGUGAGGCCAAGGGGUUCGUGGAGGAGAUGAGGUUUGUGGCUAUGAGGUUACAUACCAAAGACCAGGCUAAGGAAGGUGAGAAAGAAGUUAAAAAGCCGGAAGAGAGAGCCGUGACGAAGUGGGAACCUACUGUUGAUGGUUACUUGAGGUUCCUUGUUGAUAGCAAGAUUGUUUAUGAUACUCUCGAGAAGAUUGUUCAAGAUGCUGCUUAUCCUUACUAUGCUGAAUUCAAAAAUACCGGAUUGGAAAGGUCUGCAAGUUUGGACAAGGAUUUGGAGUGGUUCAAGGAGCAAGGUUAUACCAUUCCGGAACCUUCAUCUCCUGGUCUUACCUAUGCGGUAUAUCUUACAGAUUUGUCUCAGAACGACCCCCAGGCCUUCAUUUGCCACUUUUACAACAUCUAUUUUGCACAUUCAGCUGGUGGUCGAAUGAUUGGGAAGAAGAUUGCUAGUCAGUUACUUAACAACCAGGCUUUGGAGUUCUAUAAAUGGGAUGGUGACCUUUCGCAGAUGUUGCAGAACGUGAGAGACAAACUGAAUAAAGUUGCCGAAGAAUGGUCUCGAGAAGAGAAGAAUCAUUGUCUGGAAGAAACAGAGAAGUCAUUCAAGUUAUCUGGAGAGAUUCUGCGUCUAAUACUAUCCUGAUACUCUGGCCCCAACUCUAUGUAAUUAUGUGUGUUGAAAGUGCAUGGUGGAAGCCAAUGCUAAUAACAUUGUUGCUUUACAUAAAUAUUAGGUGUUUGAUCUCUGAAUGGAUUUUAGAGAAUGUGGUUCUGAUCUUUGAAGUAAAAUCUAUUUUAGAGAUAUAAUUCUGAUGUUGUGUCUAUGCUCCAAAAUCAGGAUAAUAGUUCUUCAGAUUUCAUCA